AUGGAACGUGAUUUCCGCUUUCAUCCUUUUACUAUCUUGCAAAUUUACUUUCCUAUUUUUCUGAAACUGUUUUUCUCAUCUUUCGCAAACUUUUUUUUAUCAAUCUCAAACUGUCUAUUUUCUAAUCUCUCGGAAUUUUCCUUUCUUUCCCCAUCUCUCGGAAUUUUCCUUUCUUUCCCCAUCUCUCGCAAACUUCUUUUCUUUCCCCAUCUCUCGCAAACUUCUUUUCUUUCCCCAUCUCUCGCAAACUUCUUUUCUUUCCCCAUCUCUCGCAAACUUCUUUUCUUUCCCCAUCUCUCGCAAACUUCCUUUCUUUCCCCAUCUCUCGAAAAUUUCCUUUCUUUCCCCAUCUCUCACAAACUUCCUUUCUUUCCCCAUCUCUCGAAAAUUUCCUUUCUUUCCCCAUCUCUCGAAAAUUUCCUUUCUUUCCCCAUCUCUCGCAAACUUCCUUUCUUUCCCCAUCUCUCGCAAACUUCCUUUCUUUCCCCAUCUCUCGAAAAUUUCCUUUCUUUCCCCAUCUCUCGCAAACUUCCUUUCUUUCCACAUCUCUCGAAAAUUUCCUUUCUUUCCACAUCUCUCGCAAACUUCCUUUCUUUCCACAUCUCUCGCAAACUUCCUUUCUUUCCCCAUCUCUCGAAAAUUUCCUUUCUUUCCCCAUCUCUCGAAAAUUUCCUUUCUUUCCCCAUCUCUCGAAAAUUUCCUUUCUUUCCCCAUCUCUCGCAAACUUCCUUUCUUUCCCCAUCUCUCGAAAAUUUCCUUUCUUUCCCCAUCUCUCGAAAAUUUCCUUUCUUUCCCCAUCUCUCGAAAAUUUCCUUUCUUUCCCCAUCUCUCGAAAAUUUCCAUUCUAAUCUAUCUAUCAAUAUCUUUUCCUCUCUAUUUUCUAUUCUAUUCUAUCUAUCAAUAUCUUUUCCUCUCUCUAUAGUCUAUUUUAAUCUAUCAAUAACUUUUCCUCUAUUUUUAUAUCUAUUCUAUCUCCGUUCCUCUCUAUGUUUCUAUUUUAGUCCGUUCAAAUUUAUCACUGACUUUUAUUUCUAUUUAUCUCUUAUCCACUCCUCUUCCUACUUUUAUUUUUUUCAUUCAUCUCUAUCUCUUCCUCCUCUCGCUUCUUUCUCUAUCACUUAUCUCUUCCUCCUCCUCCUACUUUCUUUUUCUAUUUAUCUCUUACCUUUCCUCUCGCUUCUUUUUUUCUGUUUAUUAGUUAUCUAUUUCACUCGCUUCUUUUUAUCGCUUAUUCCUUCCUCCUCCUCCUCCUCUCGCAUUUUUUUCCACAUUUUUCUCUUUCUCUUCCACCUCUCGUUUUUUUCUUUCUCUUUUUUUUUUUUUUUAAAGUUAGCAGCAUCUUCAUUGCGUAUCUUUUUCGAUCCUCUUUUUAAAUCUUUUUCUAUCUCCGUUCCAUUGUUAUGUUUUCUUUUACUUGUUGGUCGUCUGCUUUGA